UAUCUCAAUGUUUAUAGUACAUCGGAGUUUACACCCAAAAUACCAGGAUAAUUGUACAAGAUGGGUUCCAUGUGGCGUCAGCAGGUAUUUGCGCUCGAUGCUAAAUACAAUUCCCACCGAGCGUUAAAUCAACCAAAUCUCAAAACUUUAUACAUACGUCGGCGUUCCCAACUACUCAGAGAAAAAUUUGCCAAGGAAUCCGAUGUGCAAAUACAGUAUCUAAAGAUACGCUCCCAGUUAUUGCAGCGUAGAUAUGGAAAUAUUGGAGAACCUAGUGGUGCUAGUCUUAGCAGCCGGAGUCGAUCAGCAAGCAUUCGAAGCUGUAGCAUUUCGAGAUUGUCAGAGAAUGACCUGAAAGUCAAUUUCAAUAGUCCAGGACUUCAAUCACCGUUUUCAGAAGGUUCUAGUAGGUUACAAGGAAUGUCACAGUCAAAAAAAUCUAUUGCUGAAAACUAUGCCUUUGUUGGAGUUCAUCACAUAUUUGACCAGCACUCUGCAGCUAUUUCAAUGCUCAAGUUUGCAAACAAUGACAGAUCAAAACUGUGCUGUUCCUCGUUAGAUGGUGUUAUUUCAAUUUGUGAGGUAACUGGCACUACCGGAACGCCACCCAAAGUGGUUGCACUUUUGAAAGGUCAUGAAAAAGGAGUUACUGCUAUUGACUGGAGUGUCAGUAACGAUUUGAUAGUAUCCUCCUCUCUAGAUGCUACGAUUCGACUUUGGGGCGUGCAAAGCACAUCGCUUCAUUCUGGUGCAGGUGAUCCUGAUCGCUCCAAAACAUACUGUUUGCGAACCGUUAAAGAUCAACUCCACGCCGCAAUUCUGUGCUGCGCUUUUCUUCCAGCUAACAAUAACUUGGUAGUAGCUGGCAACUCUCAUGGACUUUUGCAAGUCCUGAAUGUGUCCACAGGAAUUUAUCCACGAGGAGGUUCUGCAAAAAUUGGAGGAAAGAUCUUAGCUCUAGCCUGUGAAGAAAGUGGUGGUGGUUCUUUAGUGUGGGCAGGAAAUGACAGAGGCUCUGUAGUAUCUUGUCAAUUGGAGGUGGGUUCGGGUCAUUUGACCAAGCUCCGACGGAUUGACAGAAUUGGGGGGGCUGUCACCGCUCUUACCUGGCGUUCUUGGCUUUCCAAAGAAUUUCCGUGGCCCACGCUCUUAUUAAGUAGUGCCUCCAACAGUGUAUGUCUGUACCGGAUCAUUGAUAAUCAAGGAACGCUCUCGCUGUGGAGGAAAUACCCUGUAAAGCACAGACAAUAUUUGGUGCGUUCAACAUUCUGUCCGCAAAUGGGAGCAUGUUUGAUAGCAACGGGGUCCGAGGAAGGUGCAAUCCAUCUCAUCGACUCUUCUAGAGAAGGAAGUGGAGCUUGUGUAAAUCGUCUUCAAGGUCAUGCUGCACCCACUCUUGCUCUUUCUUUCAACUACGACGAAUCUUUAUUGGCAACUGCUGAUCAUCAAGGCCUGAUUAUUGUAUGGCGGAACCACCAUCAACAUCAUCAUCCAUAAAAAUACAUAUCAGUACCUGAUCAUUCUUGCUUUGAACACGGCUUUCAAAGAGAAUCUGAAGAAUGCAUUUUUCCAAUGCCAAUUUGCGAUCCACUGUGUGAAGUGACAACAAAAAGAACGAUGGCUGUUGGUAUCUCGAUUGAUUCAGGGAUAUUAUUCAGCGAUAAGUACAAUGAAUAACAUUCAGAAAAUUGAAGUUCUGUGCUAUUAAAUCUGUAAAUAAUUAACUGAGUGAAUGCAAGUGCUCGAUCAAUCGUGUAAUUCGCAUGAAUAAUUGCUUUCAAUUAGCAAAUCUAAGCUACAAAUUUAUCAGAGAUUUAUACGAAGACGAAUUAGUGAAAUAAAAGUUGUGGAUUCUAUAAUCCCGUCCAAGAAAAUAGAUCUGAUGUGGGUCGUAACUUAAGAUGAUAUGCGAAUAAUGUAAACUUGAUUUCUUCUUUCACUGAAAGGUAUUAUCGUGUUGGACUGGCUCAGCAUAAAAUCAUCCUUUCCUUUCCUCUCGUGACCUUGGGAGACGUAACUCUAAUACCUGUAGUCAGUUUAGGUAGAUCAUAAAUAUGGUUUACGCAAAUAGAUCACAUGGUUUUUAUGAAAUCUCGGGCGUGAUAUUAUUGGUAUUAUUAAUACUUUUUUUUGUCUCACCUUGAACUGGACGAAUAUUGAAUUGAAGCACAGAUCCUCCCAAAAUUUGUUACUUAAUCUGUAUUUGUUUUAAUAAAUAUGUAAGAGCGUUUUCAAUAAUAGAUACCGCAUCUGAAUAAUUCCAUACCAUUCCGGCUUAGUGCGUCUGAUAUGUUAAAACCGCUAUUGCAUUUUCGGAAAAGUCAAUAAAGUCCAAAGCCAAAACAUGA